GUAGAAGAAGAUGACUCCGGAUGUAGAUUUUUUUUUAAACAAAUACAGAUAUCUGUCCCUAAAAUACUUUUAGGUUUACACUUUAUUAUUUGUAACUUUGGUAAAGUAAAUAAACAGUAUAGAGUGUAAAUAUAUAUGAACACUCAGGGUGCGUUUUUAACAUGUUAGAUAGGUGCUGUAAUAGGUAUUUGACUAUAUUUACACUGUAAACACAAAACGGCUGGAUUCUGGAUGGCGCGCUGUUGUGUUUAGAGCUCACUUUAAAGCUUAUACAAGCCGUUCUUUUAUUUCCCCUGUGGAGUGCAUUUUUUAGGGUUUAGGGGGUGAUUUGGGAGUGAGCUGUUCCAGGCUGUGCUGUAGGUUUGAAGGGUAGGAUGGCGGGAGCGCUGCUGGAGCACGAGACGGAGAUGUUCCUGAGUCUGUUCGGUGCGGACGGGCUGCUGGUCGCCGCAGAAGGACUCGGGAUCGACCGCAUCUUAUUACACUUUAUGAAGGUUUAUUCAGAGGAAGGCAGUCUGGUGCUGCUGCUCAACACAACCACUCCUGAACAGGAGUUCUUCACAGAGCAGCUGAAAGCUGAAGGAGUGAGCCAUCUUCCCCGGACCAUUAACAGCGACACACAGAACAGUGAGCGCUAUCACGUGUACACACAGGGCGGAGUGCUGUUUGUGACCAGCCGCAUCCUGGUGGUGGAUUUCCUCACCGACAAAAUUCCUGCUCACCUCAUCUCAGGAAUCCUGGUCUACCGUGCCCAUAAGAUCAUCGAGUCAUGUCAAGAGGCCUUUAUCUUGAGACUGUACCGACAAAAGAACAAGACCGGCUUCAUCAAGGCGUUCACAGACAAGGCCACUGCUUUUUCGACUGGCUUCUGUCAAGUCGAGCGAGUCAUGAGGAAUCUCUUUGUAAAGAAGCUCUUUCUCUGGCCUAGGUUUCAAGCAUCAGUGAACAGUGUCCUGGACAGGCACAAGCCUGAGGUUGUAGAGCUGCAUGUGCACUUGACUCCAGCUAUGAGGGCCAUCCAGAGCUCCAUUCUGGACAUCAUGAAUGCCUGUUUGAAGGAGCUCAAACGUUACAACCCGACUCUGGAGGCAGAGGACCUCUCGCUGGAGAAUACACUGGGCAGGGCGUUUGAGAAAACUAUUCGCCAUUACCUCGAUCCCUUGUGGCAUCAGCUGGGCGCUAAGACCAAAUCGCUAGUACAGGAUCUAAAGAUCUUGCGAACUCUGCUCCUCUACCUCACACAGUACGACUGCGUCACUUUCCUUAACCUUCUGGAGUCCCUGCGUUCCAGUCAGAAAAACUUUGGCAGCAAUUCAGGGUGGCUGUUUUUGGACUCCAGCACUUCGAUGUUUGUGAAUGCCCGUAGCCGAGUGUAUCGCAUUCCUGAGCCAAAAAAGAAACUCAAAGUUGGUGAAAGUGAAGAAAAACCAAGUGCUUCAGUGCCAUUAAAACGAGAGCUGGUGCUUGAAAAGAACCCAAAGUGGGAGGCUCUGACUGAGGUGCUGCAGGAGAUUGAGAAGGAAUUGAGCAACUCUGAGCACGAAGCAGGCCGGGUGUUGAUCUGCGCCAGUGACGACAGGACGUGUGCUCAGCUGAAGGAGUACAUCCAUAAAGGUGCUGAUUCCCUUCUUCUCCGUCUUUACUCACGUACUAUCGGUAAGGACGACUGUGUUCCAGUGCCGGAAAAAACAAAACAAGGUAACAGCUGGCCCAAAAGAGAUGUAGGAAAGGUGCCCAAGGGCAAGAAGCCCCGAGCCAAAAACAACAAGCUCGGCACAAAGAAACCACGAGCUUCACUGACGCUCACGCAAAUGGUGGGGCAGCAGAGAGAGGCUGAGCUGGAACAGAUGGGCAGCAGCGGAGAUGAGCGAGAACAGGAUGAAAAGCAGGAGGUGAAGGAUGAAGAUGUCCUUCUAAAUCUUACCUCAGAUUCCUACUACGGUGUUCUCCAAGAACCCAUGACGGUCAUUCAUCCGCUGAAAGGAUGCUCAGAUCCGUACAGUCUGACGCGAGUGUUAAAAGAGGUCGAGCCCAUGUUUGUGGUGCUGUAUGACGCUGAACUCAGCUUUGUGCGUCAGCUGGAGGUGUACAAAGCCAGCAGGCCCGGGAAACCGCUCAGGGUUUAUUUUCUUAUUUACGGUGGUUCCACCGAGGAACAGAGGUAUCUCACUGCUCUGCGUAAAGAAAAAGAAGCAUUUGAACACCUGAUAAGAGAAAAGGCCAGCAUGGUUGUUCCUGAAGAGAGAGAGGGCAGAGGAGACACAAACCUGGACCUGGAUCGUAGUCAGGAGCCUGUUCACGCUGCCACAGACACUCGCAAAGCAGGUGGACAGGAGGUAGUGAAAGAGCCGGGCCGAGUCAUCGUGGACAUGCGUGAGUUUCGUAGCGAGCUUCCUUCCCUCCUGCACCGGCGUGGGCUUGACAUCGAGCCUGUCACCCUGGAGGUGGGAGACUACAUCCUGACUCCUGAAAUCUGCGUGGAGCGCAAGAGUGUGAGCGACCUGAUCGGCUCGAUGCAGAGUGGGCGUUUGUACACUCAGUGCCUCUCCAUGAGCCGCUUCUACCGCCGACCCGUGCUGCUCAUUGAAUUCGACCCCGCCAAGCCAUUCUCGCUGGUGGCCCGUAGCGAGCUGCGUCAGGAGAUUUCAGCCAACGACAUCACCUCCAAACUGACCCUCCUGACUCUCCAUUUUCCCCGGUUGAGGCUCCUCUGGUGCCCGUCACCCCAUGUCACCGCGCAGCUCUUUCAGGAUAUCAAGCAUGCUCGUCCUGAGCCUGAUGCGGUCACUGCUCAGGCCAUUACAGCAGAAUCAGAAAUGGUGGAGGAUUCAGUGGACCUGUACAACCCCGGGCCUUAUGACUUCCUGCUCCGUAUGCCAGGAGUGAACGUUAAAAACGUAAGGGGACUCAUUAAACAUGCUGCCAGCCUGGCUGAGCUGCUCACUCUGAGCCAGGAAGAGCUGAGCGAGAUUCUGGGCAAUGCUAGUAAUGCCAGACAACUCCAUGAAUUCCUACACAAUACCAUGGACAUGACUUCAAUUCAGAGGAACAAGAAAGCAAAGUGUUAGAUGCAGACAGGCCCUUUAGAUGUCUACAACGUAAUGCAUUUAAAUUAUAUAAAAUGUGCCUUGUGUAUAAGUAUUUAAAAUUUGUUUGUCAUGUAAGACAUAAUAAUGUACAGUUUAUGAAUUUUCUAUUGUGUAUUAGAAUAUUUAAGGAAUUUGUAAAGUAAAUGAUGUAACUU